AAGAACCUUCUACAGGUCGGCCACACAAUUAUUCUCUCUCUCUCUCUCUCUCUCUCUCUCUCUCUCUCUCUCUGUCUAUCUAUCAAUCCAUCUCCAGUGACUAGUAUUGUUUCCAGUGGAGGAAGAAUCAGAUUCAGAGUCAAAACAGAGCCAAAAUAAAACUUUGAGAGAGAGAAUGGGAUCUGGAGCUGGAAGUUUCAUCAAAGUUCUUUUGAGGAACUUCGAUGUUCUCGCUGGGCCUGUUGUUAGUCUCGUUUAUCCACUACAUGCUUCAGUGAAAGCAAUUGAAACUCAGUCUCACGCUGAUGACAAACAAUGGCUCACUUACUGGGUUCUUUACUCCUUACUCACACUCUUCGAGCUCACUUUCGCCAAACUCAUCGAAUGGGUACCAAUAUGGUCAUACGCCAAGCUGAUCUUGACUUGCUGGCUUGUGAUUCCUUACUUCAGCGGCGCUGCUUAUGUAUACGAACACUUUGUGAGACCUCUGUAUGUUAACCCUCAGAGCAUUAACAUUUGGUAUGUGCCUAAGAAGAUGGAUUUCUUCAGAAAGCCAGAUGAUGUGUUGACAGCUGCUGAGAAGUACAUUGCUGAGAAUGGUCCUGAUGCUUUCGAGAAGAUCUUGAGCCGAGCCGAUAAAUCAAAAAGAUUUAAAGAGCAUGAGACUAUGUAUGGUGAGGAGUAUCAGUAUGAAGGGAACUUCAAAAGCUAUUAACUUUAGAGCGUGUGUGAAGCAAGCAAGUUCAUUUCUUUGAUGUUUGUUUGUUUUGCUGCUUCUCGUUGUAUGUGGGAUCUCUGUGGUGUAAAAAAAGAAGUGCUAAUAAUGGAAUCAUAUCACAAUGUUGUGAGAUUAGACAACAUGUGUUUGUUCUUAAA